UUUUAUUUUCUCCAGCAAUUCUGUAAGGAGUCUUGAGUAACAUGUAAAAGUGAAGUCACUCACAAACUAGUGAAAUCAGAAAAUAAAGGUUCUGAAUAAGACCUUGGACUUGAAGUAGUUAGACGAGUAAUCUAAAUUUCCAGCCAAUACCACUGCCUUAUAAAUCCUAUUUCCUACAUUAAAUAAGUAAAAGAGGCAUGGGAGGGGGCCCACUGGACGACUUGGAGAGCCUGACUUUGAUUCCUGGAUCCUACAUGGUGGACGGAGAGAAAACGGACGCUCUCAAAUUGUCCUCUGAACUCUACUUGUGUACCAGGGGCACAUGCGCGCCUCCUCACUCCCGCCCUCAUACCUUUUAAUUAAUUAAAAAACAAAGAGCUGGGCACGAUGGUACAUGCGUGUAAUGCCAACCUCCCACGAAGGAAGCUGCAGGCAGAAGAGUUCGAGGUAAUAAACAAAACCUAUCUGUACCUAGGCUUGAACUCUUGUAGCGCUGGGGAAAGGCGAGAAUGUCAGGCGGAACGAAGGUGCGCGGCACGCCUGGGACACGGAACCUACGGCUGGACGCAAACGGCGCGGGGGGGAGGGGGGCGGCAGGCCGUGCGCAUGCGCCGGCCGGGCGGAGUGCAGCGUGCCGAAUGUCCGGGCUGCGGGCGCUGCUGGGCGUCGGGCUGCUGGUUGCUGGCUCGCGCCUGCCCCGGAUCGCAAGUCAGCAGGGUGUGUGCCUUGCAGGGCCUGCCUGGUGGGGGACGCCGCGCCGGGGCUCUGAGACCAUGGCGAGCGCCGCGGUGAAGUACCUGAGCCAGGAGGAGGCGCGGGCCGUGGACGAGGAGCUAUUUAACGAAUACCAAUUCAGCGUGGAUCAACUCAUGGAGCUGGCUGGGCUGAGCUGUGCCACGGCCAUUGCCAAGGCUUAUCCCCCCACGUCCAUGUCCAAGAGUCCCCCCACCGUCUUGGUCAUCUGUGGUCCUGGGAAUAAUGGAGGGGACGGCCUGGUCUGCGCGCGACACCUCAAACUUUUUGGUUACCAGCCAACUAUCUAUUACCCCAAAAGACCUAACAAGCCGCUCUUCACUGGGCUAGUGACCCAGUGUCAGAAAAUGGACAUUCCUUUCCUUAGUGAGAUGCCCCCAGAGCCCAUGAUGGUUGAUGAGCUGUAUGAACUGGUGGUGGACGCCAUCUUUGGUUUCAGCUUCAAGGGUGAUGUUCGGGAGCCAUUCCACAGCAUCUUGAGUGUCCUGAGUGGACUUACUGUGCCCAUCGCUAGCAUCGACAUUCCCUCAGGAUGGGAUGUAGAGAAAGGAAACCCUGGAGGAAUCCAACCAGACUUACUCAUCUCACUGACAGCUCCCAAGAAGUCUGCAGCCCAUUUUACUGGCCGGUAUCAUUACCUGGGGGGACGUUUUGUACCACCUGCUCUAGAAAAGAAGUACCAGCUAAACCUCCCAUCCUACCCUGACACAGAGUGUGUCUACCGUCUACAGUAAGGGAGGUAGGCAGGCAGGUUUCUAAUAAAGGCUUGGUGCCGUCUCUUCA